AUGACUCAACAUUGUACUAAAUUUGCUGGCCACUGGAAGAUUAUUACAUGGGAUGAAGAAUGUUUUCAGGGCCGCAGACAUGAAUUCACAUCUGAAUGCUACAACAUUAUGGAAUAUGGAUUUGAAACUGUACGCUCAUUUAAAAUAGAGAGUGGCGCCUGGGUUGGCUAUGAACAUUUAGGAUUCCAAGGUCAGCAGUUUGUUUUAGAGAGAGGAGAGUACCCCCGCUGGGAAGCAUGGAGUGGCAGCAAUGCUUAUCAUGUAGAGAGGAUGACAUCCUUCCGACCAAUUGCCUGUGCUAAUCAUAGAGAGUGCAAAAUGACCAUUUUUGAGAGGGAAAACUUCCUUGGAAGAAAAGGAGAGUUGAGUGAUGACUAUCCAUCUCUUCAGGCUAUGGGAUGGUCUAACAAUGAGGUUGGCUCUUUCCGUGUCCAUUCUGGCGCUUGGGUGUGCUACCAGUAUCCAGGUUACCGUGGAUUUCAGUACAUUUUGGAAUGCGAUCGCCACUCUGGAGAGUAUAAGCACUGGAGAGAAUGGGGGACCCAUGCACAGACAUUUCAGAUUCAAUCUAUCCGCAGAAUUCAGCAGUAG